AUGGCAGAUGAGACUGAGACUGCUGACAUGCGCGGAAAGGCGAUUCGUGUCCACCUGGGUGUUGAAGGUCAGUCCGUCCGUGAUCACACCGCUGGCUCUGGCGUAGCUUCAGAAGAGACAACGCCUGUCCCAGCUGAUCAGAGUGAGGCGUACAGCGAUGGGGAUUGGCAUGAUACCGAAGGAUCUCUGACGUCAGAUCCACUGAGUCCCAUUGAAUCAGUGGAUGGAGAUGGCUCUGAGAUGGAGGUGAGGGUCGAAGCUCUUGAGGACAUCCAGGAUGGAAUCAGUGAGCCAGAAGUGGUGGCUGAAAGCCCACAGCCGAGUGAGCGAAGAAGCGAAAGAAGCGAAAGAAGCGAAAGGAGCGAAAGAAGCGAAAGCCCAGAUGUCCAAAUUGCUGAAGUUGACGCAGUCAGUGACAAUGAGAUCAAUCAGCCACAUGAGUUUCCAGCGGAUGAGGUUCCAAGGGAUGAAGAAAUCGAUCAGGUUUCUGAGGAUCCCGUAGACCCUGAUCCUGUAAAUGAGAUCAAUGAGUCCAACGGUCAUGACAGUCAUCCAGCCACACCUGUGAUGCCUGUGGUGCCUGUGACGCCUGUGACGCCCGUGGCGAAACCGGAAUCCAAUGCCAAACACCCUGGUCUGGAUCCAGUCCCAGAUCCAGUGGAGACAGUGGAGGCUCAAGCUGAAGCUAGUCAUGCAGAGGAAACCCCAGCUGUGGCACCUAUGGCACCUCAGCGAGAUUCGGAGCCUUCCGAGCCCGAGGAUCCCAUUGAAGAGUCACCUGAUGAGCCGGAGGAUGAGCAUGGAGAAGAGGGCUAUACGUCUGCGUCACAUUCAUAUCAUCCAUCAGACUCCGAAGGAUAUUCGGAUGGUGAAGAAGCAUUGCAAGCGGAGCUCGCGAGUAAAGAGGACGAGCAUGACAAGUUGGCAUCCCAACUCCAGCUAAUGCAGCAAGAGAUGGAAGCCUUACGCAAAAUGCUCGAGCAAAACCAGCAAGAGCUUGCAACAUCUAGCCAGGAGUUGGAAAAGGCUCGAGCUGAGCUCGAUGACUUGCGAAAGCAGCAGAACGAAUCUGCAGCAAAAACGCAAGCAGAACGGGAUGCAUUUCGUCAAGUAGAAAAGUUGAUGAAAGAGAAGAAGAGCCUCCGUGAACAGCUCGAAAAGAUGCAAGACCAAAUGCAAAGAAUGGAAUCUUUGCAACAACAGUUGGAGCGGCGGCUGCAAGCCACUGAAAGGGAACGGGAUGCAGUGAAGCAACGGCUGCAAGUUGAGAGUUGGAAGCCUCACAGGAUAGAAGAAGCGGAGGCGGCACGGAGGAGGACUGGAGGCGAGUUCCGGGUGCUGGAGAAACAGAUUGAGAAGCGAAUACCACGGCCGCCCAGGGAAAAGCAAGGGGCCCACCCAAAAGACGUUUGGCGCUUUCAGCCCCGGCAGCGUGGAGCCUUGGUCUUGCGAGUUCGCCCUGGUCUUGAUUCUCCUCGUAGCAAUCAGAAGUUGUACCCUGGUGACAGCUUCGUGGUGUCUGAACAGCGAAAAGGUCCUUCUGACCUCGUCUUCUUGAAGCUAGCUGACGGCCGUGGAUGGGCCUUCAACAGGAGUCCAGAUGUGGGCACCCUUUGCGUACCGCGACCUGCCCGAAAAGACCGCCUUGCACCCUACAGGCUACCUGAGGGUGCUCGCUUGCCUGGCAAGCUUCGCCAAGAUCAGGCCAUUCGCUCCAGACCUCGACUUCCUGCCAUUCCAAAGCCAGUGAGAGUUUUGGGCAACUCCAGCAGCGUUGCAGCCAUGGGCCAGGCCCAGGCCGAUCAAUCGCUGCAUUCGACAAGAUCUUCCACUCCCCUGCAACGAGCUGACAGCAGGUCUUCUGUACUCAGGGCCUCUGCAACGCUGACCUUGAAGAAGUGA